AUGUCCCAAAUUUCCUCGUCAAACUCCACCCUAACCGCCUCAACAAUCACUCCAACCUCAACCCCAACUUCUUCAUCAAACUCCACCCUAACCACCUCAACAACCACUCCAACCUCAAUCCCAACCUCCUCGUCAAACCCCACCCCAACCGCAUCCACAAUCACCCAAACCUCAACCCCAACCUCCUCUUCAAACUCCAUCCCAACCACCUCAGUAAUCACUCCAAACUCAACCCCCACCUCCUCUUCAAACUCCACACCAACAGCUUCCACAAUCACCCCAACCUCAAUCCCAACCUCCUCUUCAAGCUCCACCCUAACCGCCUCAACAAUCACCCAAACCUCAACCCCAUACUCCUCCUCAACCUCCAUCUCAACUGUCUCAACACUCACCCAAACCUCAACUCCAAACUCCUCCACAAACUCCAUCCCAACCGCCUCAGUAAUCACCCCAACCUCAACGCCAAGCUCCUCCUCAAACUCCACCUCAACCGCCUCAACAAUCACACCAACCUCAACACCAGACACCUCCUCAAACUCCACUCCAACCACCUCAGAAAUCAUCCCAACCUCAACACCAACCUCCUCUUCAAACUCCAUCCCAACUGCCUCAGUAAUCACCCCAAACUUAACCCCAAGCUCCUCUUCAAAUUCCUCCCCAACUGCUUCCACAAUCACCCCAACCUCAACCUCAACCUCCUCCUCAAACUCCACCCUAACUGCCUCAACAAUCACACCAACCUCAACCCCAAUUUCCUCCUCUACCUCCAUCCCAACCGCCUCAACAAUCACCCCAACCUCAACCCUAACCUCCUCUUCAAACUCCACCCUAACCGCCUCAACAAUCAUUCCAACCUCAAUCCCAACCUCCUCUUCAAAUUCCACCCCAACCUCUUCCACAAUCACCUCAACCUCAACCCCAACCUUCUCCUCAAACUCCACCCUAACCACCUCAAGAAUCACUCCAACCUCAACCGCAAACUCCUUCCCAAACUCCACCUCAACCGCCUCAACAAUGACCCCAACCUCAACCCGAACCUCCUCCACAAACUCCACCUCAACCGCCUCAACAAUCACCCUAACCUCAACUCCAACCUCCUCCUCAACCUCCAUCCCAACCACCUCACGCCUCAGUAUUCACCCCAACCUCAACUCCAAUCUCCUCCUCAAACUCCACUUCAACCACCUCAACAAUCACCCCAACCUCAACCCCAAACUUCUCCUCAAACUCCACCUCAACUGCCUCAACAAUCACCUCAACUUCUUCUUCGAACUCCACUCCAACCACCUCAACAAUCAGCCCAACCUCAACCCCAACCUCCUCUUCAAACUCCACCCUAACCGUUUCAACAAACAGCCAAACUUCCUCCUCAAACUCCACCCUAACAGCCUCAACAAUCACUCCAACCUCAACCCAACCCUCAUCCUCAAACUCCACCCUAACCACCUCAACAAUCACCCCAACCUCAACCCCAAACUCCUCCUCAAACUCCACCUCGACCGCCUCAACAAUCACCCCAACCUCAACCCCAACCUCCUCUUCAAACUCCAUCCCAAUCGCUUCCACAAUCACCCCAACCUCAACCCCAACCUCCUCCUCAAACUCCACCCUAACAGCCUCAACAAUCACUCCAACCUCAACCCCACCCUCAUCCACAAACUCCACCCUAACCACCUCAACAAUCACCCCAACCUCAACCCCAACCUCCUCCUCAAACUCCACCUCAACCACCUCAAAAAUCACCGCAACCUCAACCCAACCCUCCUCCUCAAACUCCGCCCUAACUGCCUCAACAAUCACCCCAACCUCAACCCCAACCUCCUCUUCUAA